AUGCGCUGGCACCCAGACUCUCAAAUAUGUCUCCUACUUCUGAUGCACGCCGUCGCAAAUGUAGCGGCAAUCAACUUCACUCAAUGCCUGAAUGACAUUUUGGCGAACGCGAAUGCAACCCAGAGUUUAGCUGGUCUACUCGAUGGCAACGGAGAUCCCGUGUCUAAUGCUUCUGAUGCGACGUCGAUAACCUACGCGCUGUGCAAGUCUGCCUGUGGGAAGGGAGCCGAAUCUUUCCAGUGGUCCAUAUUUUCGCAGGAUCUUGGUGCAUGGUUAUUACCAAAUCUUGCACUGAUUUCGCAGCUUCCCUUUGGGGCGCGAUACAGACCUGACAAUUUCAUGUCUGCUGCGUUAACCGUCGGCUCACCAGUACUUGCCGGUUAUUCUCUAUUCAUCACCCUCCUCAAUUCUGUCUGGAUCAACCGCAAAUUCGACACAUUGAAGAAGACUAGCAACUCAAUUUCCGCAGCCUCUAUCCUGAGCAGCCUUCAGCAAGUCCCGCUAAGACUUGAUCCCGAUCUUGUCAAAUCCCUCAUCGUCCUUCCCCAAAAUGACUGCUGGUUAAGAUGUUUCUCGGAAUUCGUUAACUACACACACACAUGGUCAUUCGCGUCCGCAACUGCCAUCGCCUGGGUCGUUGCCGCAUUUGUCAUAAGUGUGGUCAACUCCCCAGUGGACAUUUUUAUCGGAGGAAGUUCUCAAGCUGAUGGCACCGCCACUGGAUCCCUGUGGCUUUGGUUGAUUCCAAUAGUCGUCGGGUGGCUACAGCUCUCCCCCAAAUGCGAUUUUUAUCGCUUACAGGAGGCUUAUGAACGCGCAGACCAACAUGCACGCACAGGAUGUACUCAUAUGGGAACGUCAACUACAUCCACCCGAAGAGCUUUAACAAUAACUGCUCCGGACAACGAUGUGUCAUCUCCGGAUGAACUCCUUACCCCUCCAGUGUUCAAUUACUCGCGUUCGUUUCGAUGGGCUUCUACAGCCCACAUGAUGUUCCUGGAGUUCGAGGCAGAGGAGAAGUAUCAGACCUCCACUCGUGUUAGUCUUCCCACCCCCAACCGACAGUCCGAUUCCUCCGAAACCCUCCGAGUCUACCACACCUAUCCACCCUUACCCCAUAAUGCACAGCACAUCCAUUGGGCACCUGGCGUGUUCAUCAGAAUCUUUUUCGCUUCGUGUGCUUCGCUUGCAUUACAAUGGGGAACAGCUGGAGCAGCGUUUAUGACGGCGUGGUUCACGCCUACUACACGCAUUGGGUGUCGAUCUAUUAGUUACCUCAUCUACGGGAGCGUGUCGACCGGUAUUUGGCUUUUGCUCCUGGUGUCUAGUAUUCUCGCCCACUACAGUGUACAACCACCAUCCCAUGACACGUACCCCGCAAGUCAUUACCAUCGGGCGCUCUCCUUGAACGCUGAGACGCAGAACAUUUCCUACGAUUCCUAUGACUAUUUAAGCAACCAGAAGCGGUUGCCUGCAAGGCGUCUUCAAGUUUGGGCUCGGAGGAUAUCGCACUUGCUGCGAUGGGCAGGCAAAGCAUUGGCCAUUGCAAACUCCAUCUGGGUGGUGCUGGCGUGUACUUUCGUGUAUUCCGGCUUCUACGAUACAUGCUUCUGCAAUGGUAGCGUGUUCGGUAGAGGAGAGGCCGCAUACAGUGUCAUCAUCGAAAAUACAGCUCAAGCUGCACAGCUGAAGGCUGCCUCGAUCGGUGCUCUUGCUAUGGCAUGUGUCACGUCGGUUUUCUUCAUUGGGAUCGUGAAUCUAUAUAUAUAUACACGACCACGUCUGUAGGAACGUUUCUUGCAAGCUCAUCUUACAUAUGUACGUUUGAUACCCAUUUUUCUUGG